GCAUUUUAUUUUUCUUAUGAGUGUUCCCUUUGUUUCCUCUGAUCACUCCUCAUAUCUCACAACUCCAUAAAUCCAUUACCCCACCAGCAUGAUGUCAUCAGUGUGUGCCUUUCACCCAUGAGCCGAAGAGCUGGCAACUGGAAAGUCAUCAAUAGCAGGUCCACGGCACAGGAAAAUGACAUCAUAGAUGAACGCAAGCUUGUGAUUGGAUAAUUUACACCAGGGAUGCCCAACCCUGCUCCUGGCAAUCGACUGUCCUGCAAAGUUUAGCUCAAAUCCUAUUCAAAUACACCUGAAGCAACUAAUUAAGGUCUUCAGGCUCACUUAAAAAUUAAAGGCAAGUGUGUUUGAUUAGUGUUGGAGCCAAACUUUGCAGGACAAUCGAUCGGCAGGAGCAGGGUUGGGCACCCCUGAUUUACACCAUUCAAGAAUACAUUGUCAUGCUCAGUAAAGUCAAAUAAGCAAUUUGAUCAAAUUAAAUCAAUAAAGUAUUUCAGUUUGCAAUGAAUAUCAAGAAAAAGCUUUUUAUAUAGAUUAAAGAAGAAAAAUCCAGGAUUUAAAACAUCUAGGACAACUGCACAUUAAGAGUGUCUCCGUUUUUCUCACCAUCCUAUUUGUUGCAGUUCUUGGCACAGUGAAUUCUUUUGGCAGGCAGACAGCAGCAGAACACCUACCAUCACUGUACAAGCACUUACACUUGAGCUGAGCAGCAAAAUGAAAGAUUCCACACAUGCAUCACUACCGCUGCUAGAUGCCUGGCAGAAGAGCUCAAUGGAAGAGUGAUGGGGAAAUACAUGAGGAAGUUCAGCAGCAGAGCACAUGCAGACACAUGCAGUCACUAAUACAGCCUGGAGUCAGAGCCAGUUGUCAUGGCAACCUUUAUAUAGGGAGGCGCCUUGGAAAUGGGGAGAGAUGAGGAGACAAGGUCAGGCUGUGACGAAGCAGCUCUGAUGAAGUGCACUCUGAUUGGCUGGCUUUGCUGGUAGGAGCCGCCCUCCUGAGUGUGAUACAACCUUGACUGUAGCGGUACAGUUUCCUUGCGCAACACUGCUGGCUUUUAGAGACACUGCAUUUUUCCCUUCAUCAUCUCUUGUUCUCUGACCUUGUGUGUGUAGAAUGUCUUGUGACGAGUCAGUGGCAGAUCGGUAGAUCGGUAGAUCGGGCUACCAUGCUGCUGGGAGAAUGGGUGGCCAUGGGUACAUGUAUGUGUGUGUGACCUCAGACGCCGGAGAGGAGAGGCUGCAGCUCAAGACUGAGGGAGACUGAGCAUGCAGAGGUUUGUGGAGGCUGAUUACUACGAGCUGGACUGGUAUUAUGAAGAGUGCACUGACGUUCUAUGUGCUGAUCGAGUGGGCCAGAUGACUAAGACAUAUAAUGAUAUAGAUGCUGUGACACGUCUCCUGGAGGAGAAAGAGCGGGAUUUGGAGUUGGCGGCUCGAAUUGGCCAGUCUCUGCUGAAAAAGAACAAAACCCUCAGUGAGAGGAACACCCUCCUGGAGGAGCAAGUGGAGCACAUACGAGAAGAGGUGUCUCAGCUGCGUCACGAUCUGUCGAUGAAGGAUGAACUUCUGCAGUUCUACACAAGUGUAGCUGAGGAGAGUGAUGGAGAGUCUGCUUCUACCACACCUAUUCGCACAAAUGACUCCUCUUUUACGGUCCCGAAUUACCUUCCUCUAGAUUCACUACAGAAGAAACUCUUUGACCUGGAGGAAGAGAACAUCGUCCUGCGAUCAGAGGCAAAUCACUUGGAGACCGAGACCAUCUCGUAUGAAGAGAAGGAACAACAGCUUGUAAAUGACUGUGUUAAAGAACUCAGAGAUGCCAACAUACAGAUCUCUACGAUUGCGGAGGAGCUGGCUAGGAAAACAGAGGACGCCUCUCGGCAGCAAGAGGAAAUCACACACCUCCUCUCUCAGAUCGUGGACCUGCAGAAAAAAGCUAAAUCCUAUGCACUAGAAAACGAAGAGCUCACCCAGCACCUGGGAGCUGCUAAAGAUGCCCAAAGAGCACUAACAGCAGAGCUAAGGGAGCUGGAGGAUAAGUAUGCUGAAUGUAUGGAGAUGCUUCAUGAAGCUCAGGAGGAACUGAAGAACUUCAGGAAUAAAACGCUGCCUCUAAGUACACCGCGACGAUUCCACUCUCUCAGCCUCUUCCCCAUGGACUCUUUAGCUGCAGAAAUUGAAGGAACCAUGAGAAAAGAGAUUCAUAUGUCUGAUCCAGACGUAGAGGAACAAAGGUUGCACCCUAAACGUGUCUUUGAGACAGUGCGUAACAUCAACCAGACUGUUCGGCAGCGUUCCAUGGGCCCAUCCCCCAUGAACAUCCCAGGGUCCAAUCAGACAUCCUGUAUGAAUUCCAGGCAUCCUAGUUGUCUGAGCACACCCCGUUCAAGCAUGUAUGGAGGGGACGGUGUUGAAAUGGACAACCGCACUAACAGUAUGCUAAUGGAAACCCUGUCACAUCAGGACAGCUCUGAUGACUCCAACAGAAAGCCUGGCAUGCCUGGCACACCCGGCUCUCGUGACCUGGAGGCAGCACUGCGUCGUCUUUCCCUUCGACGAGACAACUACAUUAGUGAGCAGCGUUUCUUUGAGGAGGAGAGAGAGCGUAAACUCAACGCCCUGGCAGAAGAGAAGAGCGAAUUGUACGAGGAGAGAGAUGGUGGGAGUGGCAGUGAAGACAGUGGCCCCCUCACUCCGGCAGAAAGCAUCAUGUCUCUGGGCACCCUGCACUCAGUUUACUCCAUCUACAGCACCCGAUCCUACCUGCCGGAGAAACUCCAGAUCGUCAAGCCACUGGAAGGUUCGGCCACUCUGCACGCAUGGCAGCAGCUCGCUCAGCCCCACCUGGGUGGCAUCCUGGAUAUGCGGCCGGGGGUUGUCACCAAGGGCUUUCGAACACUGGAGCUGGACCUGGAAGGGGUGUACCAAUUCACUGACCUGGAGGAAGAUGAGCCAGGACAGCAUUCCCCUGCCAUCUCUACCUCUUGCCUGGGCUCUCUGCCUUGUUCACCUGCUUUGCGACGACCUUUUGCCAACAAUCCUGAUAACCAGGAAGAGCAGCUCAGUAAAAAUGGAGGGAACCCUGGAGUGGGGUCAGACCAAAUGGAGGCUGUAGAGGAGGAGGUCUUAUCUGUUCAUUUCCCUGGUAAAUGUAUGUCUCACACCAGCUCCACAUACACCUUCACCACCUGCAGGAUCCUGCACCCUACAGAUGAACUCACCAGAGUCACACCCAGUCUUUUGUCAGGUCCCUCACUGGCUUCCUGUUUGAUGUCAAACAGCAGUCUGCGCUCCACCCCUGUGUCCACCCCCUGCACACCUCGUCGCCUCAGCCUGGCGGAGAGUUUCACCAACCUCCGCGACUCAACCAAGACCACCAGUACCUCUCUGGGACUAGUGCGCCUCCUACAGGAGAGAGGUAUAUCUGCUGCUGUCUAUAACCCUCUCAGUUGGGACCGGGUGGAUCGAGCCCCUCCACCAGACCCCAGUUCAUCACACACUGCCACCCCCACGCACACUGCCCUGGACACUCUCCCCUCCACCCCUCCGAACUCCCCCAGCAAAACCAAACCCACCAGUCAUGUGUUUCCUGUAGACUACAGCCCAUCAGACCCCCCGUAUGAAACCUUCCUGGCUUCACGGCCAGCCAGCUCAAUUCUGAAGGAAGUGCUGGAGGCAGACAAAAGGGCUCGGACAGACAUACAGUGUCAGACUGGAGUCAGUGUGCAGAACUUGAGACUGGUGGACAAGGUGAAGAAGUUUAGCCUGGCUCCCAGAACUUUGACCCCAGGGAUGGGAAGGCCGGGACCGCCAUUUGGAGCCCACGCUGUUGUAACUUCCCCUAUGGGGGGACUGCCAGUGCUGAACUCAGGGAUGAGAAGAAACCGCAGUUACCCAGCUAUGGUUGGGGCUAGUAUGGCUAUGAAGGGCCCGGGGCCUCCCAGUCGAACUAGCCUCAAUGAAAAGUGAAUGUUGCCUCUCUGUUGUCCCCUUUUGCUUUCAUUUAUUUGUAAUAUGCAUUGAUACAGUAUAUCAUCCCUGUGACAACUUGAGUGCCUGUUAUUAAGAUGAUAUUUGUAUAGAUUAUUUUGUUAUAACAGUUGCUAUGACAACCUAUUUUAUCUAUUUCUCUGUCCAUCUGACCACCAUUUAAGAACAAUUCAUUCAGCAUUGUCACAUACUGUAUCUUGGUAUAUUCCAAGCUUUUGUCAUUGUGUGAAAAAAAAAAACUAAUGGAAUUUGCACUUGCUAACUGCGAAAAAAUGUAGCUUAUGAACAGAGCAGAAAAUUCAUACCCCAAAAUUACUUUUAAUUUAAGCACUUUUUUUUAAUCUACUCAAGGAUAAAAGGAUAAGCAAGAAAGUGUAUUUUUUGUCAUUGUUAAUCUUCCAAUGUAACAUUUCAAAAUGGGUUCAUUUCGUGAUGCUAGCAAGAGCACUGAUAGCACCUUAAUGCUAAUGGUAGCCUAGACAAUGAAGUUAUGUAAUUUAUUAUUAAUUUUUAGGUCAGAAUUUACUUUUGAAUGGCCAUGUUGUAGCGCUUUAUAUCAGCCCCUAUGGUGUGCCAGAAAUUUGUAAAACAUGCUUUUAUUACAACAAAUACCUUCACAGAAUCCUUUUCCAUAUAGUCCAGCUAAUUAAAUAAAGACAGUGUAAUAUUAAUAGUCUAAAAAGGCUUAUUAAUGCAUUAUAUAAAAGUAAUUCUAGUGUAAUACCAGAGUUCAAUAUCGCGACUCUCAAUAGGCGCUGACAUGAAUUGGUGAUAAUUUGCACGUUAGCACAAACUCUGUGUUUUACAUCCUCAUAAGUCGACUGACUGAAAUACUUCAGAGAGAAACAGAGACCACGGGGCUGUGAAGGUGCUGCAUGGAGAAUUGCAGCAAGUUUGAACUUGAAACACAAUCGUGUUCAUGUUAAGUCAUCUUUUAAUGACGUUUUGUUGAGACCAACAUUAUAAGUGUGGAUGUACAUGGCAUUUGGAAUUGCAGUAUCAAAGG